GAGGAAAAUCCUCACGGUGUGGGUCUGUGGGAGCUGAUCCACAGAGAAACACAGAGUCGCGGAGAAAAGCAGCUCUUUAUCCGGAUCUGAUACCUUAUAACAGUGAAUGCCAAGAAGGUAAGGACAUCUGAUGGAAAGGAUGAUCUGCUCUGAUAAAGGCCCACAUAUGGCCCCAGUGAAUAAACCUGGACAGAGGAAGCUCAUGCGCAUGCAGGGCCACCCAUCCCCAGCUCUGUGCUGCGCCUGUGGACUUUGCAUCAUGCUGGCAGGGAUCAACAUCACUCUGGUGGGGGCUUUCGGCUUUUCCAAAAUGCUACCCUUUAACAACCCACCCAUCAUCAUCGGACCUCUCCUGUUGCUGGUGGCUUUGUCAUUUUUCGGGGUGUGCUGUGUGUGUAGCCGCCAACCAGCCGCAAACACGUCGCGCAAAGCCAAUGGGCAGAACCACUGGGGGCUGAUGAGAGCGACGGGCACUGCGUUUGAGAUGGAGGCCAGUGAGCACACACUACAGGACACCACUGCUAUUCAGCUCAGUCCAACCAACUCUCCGUGCUCCUCCGCCCACUCAAGCCCCGCCCACUCGCCUGCAGUGAUGCACGACCCACCACAGACUACUGACUUAGCAAAUGAUAGCCAUUUUUCUUGUCAUUCACCUUCAAUAGGAGAUGAUACCAGCCCACUGAGCCCCUCGCAUGAUGAUACAUAACCUGGACUGAUGGGCUAUUAUUGAGUUAUUAGUCAGUUUAUUAGGUAUAUUGGCAUUUUGUAUCUAUACUCAUUUGCCAUUAUUUCAGAUUUACCUUAUAGGUGCACUUUGCACUGGGAGUGUUCUUGCUAUAAAGUCGUGCAAGCAGUUGCUUUGGCCCCCCAAGAGCCAGCACCCUCUAGGCCCCUUGUAUAUGUAUAUACUAUACAUAGUUUGUGAGAGUCAUGAUAAUGUGUUUCUUUAUGUUUACUUCAUCUUAUCUUAUCUAUUAGUUGGGGUUGGAUCUCACUGACUUCCAUAAAAUUCGAAAGUAAUAUACUGUAAAGGUUACCAGUAACAGAAAAAGAUUACAAAUUUAGACUGCUAUGUUGAUAAUAUUUAUGGGGCUACAAAUACACAUAGACAUAGUGUAUUUCAGUAUUAAAUACAUCUUGACAUUAAGUUGUAGAGGUUCCUGACGGUGUCCUGUGAUAAUCCAUGCAUCCAUCCAUGGGGUAGAGGAUAGCUGACACAUUGUGCAGCUUCUCAUUGUGCAAGAUACAGUACUUGCGACAUUCGAAAGUGCUCCUCUAUGGUAGAUAUAUUUAUUAAAAAGAAAAAUGCCUCAUGUCAGCCUGACUGAAGACACUGCUGGAGUGAGAAAAGCUCAUCCCAAUGCCCUCGGAUCACACCAUUGAGACUGUAAAAGAGAAGAAAAGAUUUCUAUCUCACCCUUCUGACUCACUAUGGGCUCAAGCUUCCAACCAGAAUGUGUUACAGUUUUUAGGCCAAUAUUUCAUAUCUUCAGUUCUGUCAGUAGAUUUUGCCUUUACAUAAGUAUUUAAAGGUGUUACAGGUUUGGAAACAUUGAAACAUUAAAAUUUGGGAUUACCAGAAGAGUGUAGACAAUCAGGCCCAAUCCCAUUUUACCCUUGCACCUUAGGGUGUCCCGUUACUAGUUAGGAUAGAGUGGUAGGAUGAAGUGUUAGGGCUAUAUGGCCCUCCAGACUGGGAUUCUUCAGAGGCCAAAGACACCCACAAAUGUAGUAUUUUGUUUUAUAAUAUUACAGAACCAAUAUACAUGUUAUUACCUUUCUGUAAUUGUCCUUUUCUUUAUAACAAAAAAAAAAAACACAGCUAGUAGUACCGUUAUCUUUAACUAGCAUACAAUGUAUUCUCUUUUUUUAAGAGUUGUCCUGUUUCCUAGGGGGAGGGUUCCAAAGGGAAGAGAUACACUUUAACUUUAUGUACAAUCAGCCACUGCUUCUUUUUACAGUGCCAUCAGUGCAGAAUCCCUAGGCAGCAAGUUGUGUUCAGGAUAAAGACUUGCAACUCUCUGCCCAUAGUCAGCAUCUGAGAUUUUUUUGUGGCUUUUAAAAAAAAUAUUUAUUAACAGUGUCCAAUGUCAGUAAUUCGAGCCAGAAUGCAGAAAAGUGAAGAGCUGUGAUUUUCAUUUGGCAGUAAAAGGCGAGGCAGUAAAAGGGUUCUAUAUAGUACUGACAAGGUUCCUUUUAAUUCUUGUCCUACUCUAAUAAAUGCUAGAUAGAACCAUUUGAUUACAAGAUUACAUUUAAAAAUUAGAUUAUAAUUGUACCAUUUCUCUAGGCAGAGAGCCAUUUAAUAAUUUGGUGCUUUUUCAGGUUAUGCGAAAUUAUAUGCAGCAAUUGCCGUUACUUUAUAUAAGAACCCUUAAAUAAACUUUUAUUUAUAUACUGUAUACACUGACAUGCAAAUGUCAUGGGAAAUGGGACUAGAAUCAUGUGCCUCAUGUGCAUGACUUUUCCCAUAUCCCACAGAAGCUAAGGAACAGGGUACUGCAGGGAAUGUGUGAGGGGCCUCCUUACUUCCGAGUCAUCUGUUAAAGUAUUGAAUGGCUCUCAGCCAAUCUCUUGUGAAUUCUAAAAUAACUAUGGUUUAAUUUGCAAUACCGCAACUUUGCUAGAGAGAGAUAAACCCUUUUUAACUUUCAAUGGAAGUCAAUGUAAAAAAUAUUUUAUUUCAGAUAGAUUUCAGAUAAUUUAAAUCAGUCAAUUCAUUAAGACAUUUUGCUGCAGUGUAAGGGACCAUUUGUGUGUUCAAAUUAUGAAAUAAAUUAAAAAUAGACAAAAUUGAUAUACUUGUUUUGUACAAGUAAACAGUGAUGAUAUACACUAUAUAAGCAUAAGCAUUGGGACAUUCAUCUGAAUUAUCGAAUUCAGGUGAUUUAUUCAGUCCUAUUACCACCGACGCAGAAUUUUCUGCCUUCACAAACUUUGGUGAAAAAAUGUGUGGCUCUAAAGAGCUCAUUGAAUUUCAGUGUGGUACUGUAACCAUUAAAACAAGUUUGUUGGUGAAAUUUCUUCCACAGAUAUUCCAUAAAUAUUCCACAAGCAACUGAGUGGUAUUAUUCCAAACCUGCAUCGGGGUUAUCAACAGCACAAAAAAUUGGCAUGCAUAUUAAUGGCUGAACAGCUGCGCACAAGCCUUGCAACAUCAAGCACAGUGCCAAGUGUAGAAUAAAGUGGUGUAAAACAAACAACAUUACUACUGUCACCAUACUUAUGCUAUUACUGUUACUAAUAGUACUACUACUACCACUACUUAUAUAGCCACUGGACUCUGAAGAAGUGGAACAUGAUUCAUGGACUGGCGAUCCACUCUUCUCUUAAUGUCAGUCUGAUGGACCAGUCUUGCCUGCCUGACUGGGAAACCAUAAUGCAUCAGCGUACCAAGAUAUUUUGGACAAAUGCAUGCUACCAACUUUAUGAAAACAGUUUUGGGAAGAGCCUUUUCUAUUCAUCUUUGGGAUGAACUACUAAAAUGCAGACUGUAAACAGGACCUGUCGUCCAAAUCUGUGCUGGCCAGUGUCUGACAUCAUAAAUGCUCUUCUGGAUGAAUGUACAAAAUUUGUGCUUUCCACAGACUGUUGCAUCUGUUACAGCUGCAAAGAGGGGAUGAAGUCAAUAUUAAUGCCUAUGGAUUUAGAAUGGGAUGUCUUGAAAUAUGGGAUGACUUGAUGUGUAGGUGUCUCUAUACUUCUGUCCAUGUAGUAUUCCUACUAACCCUGUAUGUACAUUAUUUGGAACAUAUAUUUUUUAAGUCAAAUCUUUUACAAAACAAUAUUUCUGGUGUCCAGCAGUACAUACAGCUCUGGAAAAAAGAGACCACUUAAAAAUGACGUGUUUCUUUGAUUUUAUCAAAUUGAAAACCUCUAAAAUAUAAUCAAGAGGAAGAUGGAUGAUCACAAGCCAUGAAACCAAGCUGAACUGCUUGAAUUUGUUCACCAGGAGUGGCAUAAAGUUAUCCAAAAGCAGUGUGUAAGACUGGUGGAGAAGAACAUACCAAGACGCAUGAAAACUGUGAUUAAGAACCUGAUUGAUUUCUGAACUCUUAAAUCUUUAUAAAUAUUAACUUGUUUUCUUUGUAUUAUUUGAGGUCUGAAAGCUCUGCAUCUUUUUUCUGCAAAUAAAUGCUCUAAAUGGCAAUAUUUCUCUUUUGGAAUUUGGGAAAAAUGUUGUCCGUAUUUUAUAGAAUAAAAUAACAAUGUACAUUUUACUCAACUACAUACCUAUAAAUAGCAAAAUCAGAUAAACUGAUUCAGAAACUGAAGUGGUCUCUUCAUUUUUUCCAGAACUGUAUAUAUUUAUAACUGUUUAAUUUAAUACAACUCUUUCACUUCAUAAUGUUUAAUGACCUUUUAGAGAUUUCAGAUUUCUGGUCUCUAUGACAGUUUGCCACUUUAAACAAUUCUGAAUUAUUUAUUUUACACUGAAUUUAUUGUAGAUAUUUUAUCAUUUUUAUGGAGUUCCCCUAAGUAGUUAUUUUUGCUACUGUGAGUUCUUUUGGCUGACAUAGGUUGACAGGAGUGCGUGACUGUGACAAUAGUACCAUUAUUUUGGUAAUUUUAGGCCGUUUUUAGGAGCAGAAAGAAUUGAAAAGGAAUGACUGGACAUGUUCUUGAGAUUUUGAUGACAGGAAUGAUUUUUUGUCGUAUUUGUUGUGGAUGAUGUUUUCUGAUGUUCUCUG